AUUGGUGGCUAUGUACAUCAAAACAAUGACAGAAGAAGCUAAGCUCCAAGGACAAUUUUGUCAUUAUGUACAUCCAAGAAAUAGUUGAAUCUGACAGAUUUCCCGGGAAAUUGUGAUUCUUGUGAACAAAGAAGAGAAAGUCCUUAAGAUCCCAAAAACAGUAGCAAUCUUUUAGCAUCUGAUUAUCAGGGGCAUGACACAACAAACUAUUUAUUUAAAUGCCCAGUUUUAUAGGUCCCUUCUUUUUCCUCUUCUUCCUUGGCAAGCAAAAGAGAGAACGAAAAGGUUACACUUACUUGAAAGACAUUUAUGAGGGAAGAAAAAAUGGCAAUAGAUAGAGCAUCAUCAUUUCCAGAGGCUGAUGUUGAUCAAGCAUUGAACCCUAGCCAAAACAAGGAGUUUGAAGUUGAUCCUGUAUCAUCAGAUAUUGCCACCUCAGGGGAGACUCGGCAGGCUGCACGAAAAAGGGAGAGGGAAAAGCAGGAUGCUAUGCAUAAACUCAAAACAACCAUCUUAGUUUCAGCCAUGAUCAUUGCUGUUGCCGGGGCUGUCUUUGCCGUAACCAAAAAAUUGAGAGAGAGAUGA